AAGAGAGAAAGAUAGCAAACUAGAAGGAACUGGUCCAGAACUUUGUACACCUCAGCGAUUAUCAGCGAUUAAUCAACCAAAAUGGCCUCAUUCCAAAUACCUGUUAUCAACCUCGAGUUGCGCGAGGUCAAGGACAUCGUGUGGGAGAAGAUCCAGGAGCCGGUAAACCAGCGUCGCCUCAUCCUCGUCAUCGUAUCGAUAGCCCUGCUGCUGGACAACAUGUUGUAUAUGGUGAUAGUGCCCAUUAUACCCGACUAUCUGAGGGAGAUUGGCAGCUUUGACGACGGACCCACGCCGCCUCCUCUGAGGGAUAAUAUCACGGGCAAGAUCAUACCGGUGCAUCAUGAUCACCACGGCCAGGACUCCGCAACGGGUAUCCUGUUUGCCUCGAAGGCCAUUGUCCAGCUGAUGGUGAAUCCCUUUUCGGGCGGCCUCAUCGACAAGAUCGGCUACGAUCUGCCCAUGAUGAUCGGCCUGACCAUCAUGUUCUUCUCCACGGCCGUCUUCGCCUGCGGCAGCAGCUACAGCGUCCUGUUCUUCGCCCGAUCCCUGCAGGGAGCAGGCUCCGCCUUUGCGGACACCGCCGGCCUGGCCAUGAUCGCCGAUCGGUUUACGGAGGAGAACGAGCGAUCGCAGGCUCUGGGCAUUGCGCUGGCCUUCAUCAGCUUUGGCUGCCUGGUGGCGCCACCUUUCGGCGGGGCCCUCUACCAGUUCGCCGGCAAGGAGGUGCCCUUCCUGAUACUCGCACUCGUCUGCCUGCUGGACGGCCUGAUGCUGCUGCUGGUGAUGAAACCGGUCAAGGAGGCGCUGAAGCAGAGCAAGGAGGUUUCGGACCAGACGAUACCCAUCUGGCGACUGCUGAUGGAUCCCUACAUUGCCGUCUGUGCCGGCGCACUGACCAUGUCGAAUGUGGCACUGGCCUUCCUGGAGCCGACCAUCUCGCUGUGGAUGGAGGACAACAUGACCACGGAUAACUGGAAGAUCGGUAUGGUGUGGCUGCCGGCCUUCUUUCCGCACGUCCUGGGCGUGGUCAUAACGGUGAAGAUGGCCAGGAAGUAUCCGCAGCACCAGUGGCUAAUGGCCGCCGGAGGAUUGGCGCUGGAGGGCUUCUCCUGCUUCAUCAUACCCUUCUGCAGCGGCUACAAGAUGCUCAUGCUGCCCAUCUGUGUGAUCUGCUUUGGAAUUGCCCUCAUCGACACCGCUCUGCUGCCCACACUCGGCUAUCUGGUGGAUGUGCGCUACGUUUCGGUUUAUGGCAGUAUCUAUGCCAUUGCGGAUAUAUCCUAUUCGAUUGCCUAUGCCGUGGGACCCAUUAUCGCCGGCGGAGUGGUGGAGGCCAUCGGUUUCACCGCCCUCAACUUCUUGAUAGCCUUCUCGAAUCUCGCCUAUGUGCCGGUGCUGCGAAAGCUGCGCAAUAUCUACGACUUCAAGCCGUUCGAGAACGAGGCCAACAUCCUGAUGCAGGACCCGCCCAACAAGGAGUACCAGACCUAUGUGAUGCACGACCAGAAGCCAGUGGAGGGUGGGGUCAAGAACCACCUGGAGUACGGUCAGCAGUAUCAGCAGGAGCAGGAGACCAAUCUGGAUGAGCAGCAGUACGAGUACCAGCAGCAGCAGCAGGGAUACCAGCAGGGAUAUCAGCAGGAUCAGGGCUACCAGCCGGGUUACCAGGAGCAGGGCGGCAGCUACGCCCCCCAGGGUCAGCCCCGCGUGGCCAAUCCCUUCCAGCAGCAACAGCAGCAGCAGCAACAGCAACAGCAGGCCCAGAGCAGAGGUCCUGCCGGACCGGCGAAUCCCUUUAGGCAAGGAUUUUAAACUGUUGCCCAAGAGCAAAAAACACAAGCCCCUACUUUUCUUUUUGUUCUUUUUUGUACAUCUUCGUGUGCAAACAAAUCGCUCUUUUUGUUGAACCCCAUUUAAACUCGACACUAGACACAUAUACAUAAUAUUUAGCAUAGACAUAUAGGCAAGUGGUACGUACACUAUAACGAGCAUAACAUGCAGAUAGUUAAUACAGCAGCUAGUUAAUGCACCGCACCAAGUUUUGUAUCAUACACGAAUGUUGAAGCAACUAAGAUCAGCGAUGGGAUAGGAGGGAUUUGGGUUUAACUGGGUG